AUGUACCCCGUGGCCUACCAAGAAAAGCUGGGAACCGGCCCAGAAGUCAUGGGGGUGCCCAUGGCCAAUCAAUUCUAUUAUCCGCCGCCACCGCCGCCGCCACCACCACCGCAGCUGAUGCCUCAGACCGCGCCGGUGCACCAAUUUCCCCUGCGGGAUUGGAGGUACGGCAUCUGCCACUGCUGCCAGGACUGCUCGCCGUGCCUGGAGGCCUGGUGCUGCUUUUACUGCCAGCUCUCCCGACAGUACAGUAUGCUUUGCCAGCGGCAAGAGCCCGGCAUAGACUGGCUGAUAGCCUUCGGCGCAUGCCUUGGGGAUUACUGCUGCGGUGGCCUUGUCUCCCCAGUCCUACAGUGUGUGGCACGAACCAGGCUGCGGACCGACCUCAACAUCCGGGGCUCGAACUGUUGCGACUUCUGCAGCGCCUUUUGCUGCCCCCAAUGCACUCUGCAGCAGUCCUUGAUGGAGAUGACGGUGACGGGCAGGUUCCCCGGCGCCUGCUGCUACGAUGUGCCUCCUGGUUUCGUGGCGAUGCAGUAG